UUGCUCAGCAGUUGUUGGACAGCAGAGGAUGUUGGGUGUAAUGGCGGUGUUGCGGAGCGAUUCUGGCUCUUUUCUAAUAUUGUUUUGCUGUGUGUGACGAAGGAAAGCGAGUACGUCGCCCCUGUACCCCAAGAGACGGUAUAUUUGAAAUCUUGGUGGUAUCUUCGAUAACGCAUUGGACUGUAAAUCUUUGGAGCGGCUGUGCGAAAGGUGGAUUUGACGUUUCUUGACGAAGGCCCGAAGACUGCCAUCGGCUCCGAGUUGAGAAGGGAAGCCGCGUCUAGAAGCUUUUGAAGGCCCGCUACAGCGAGGAGGGGGGAGGGUUGUGGGUAUGUUGUGCGAGUUUUUGGACUGACAAUGCGACCUUUAACAGACAAGAACGGGUCAUAAGAAGUGACCGCCAAGUGUUUAUGCAUUAAUUGGGGAUAACUCCAAAGCGGCGUUUGUAUGUAUGCAGCAGGCUAGAUUAAACCCCGGAGUCGAAAAGCCAAAGUUGCCUGCAUGUACCUUUCGUGGACACUUUUAUGUGUGGAUCGCUUCAGUGGAACCUGAUUGGAAGACAAACGGUGUCGGCUCUACUUCCGUGAGACAAAGAUCGUCUGGGGCUCGUCGCCUCUUUCCAUGUAAAUAGUCCUGUGGUCGAGCGCAGCAACGGCCACACAUAUUAUCAACACUGCCUCUUUUUGUGGAAAACGUUUUUGUUAUAUAUUGUAGUUAUUUGCAGCUGGAGCUAUUUUUUUCUCAUAAUGUAAAUAUUUUUAUUCUCCAGUGUACAAGUUUUUAAAUCACUUUUUGCACUUUUCAAAAAUAACAAGAUACUCUCCUUCGCAAACGAAAUUUUGUUAUAAAGUCAGUGUAGAUACACGUUUUUAAGUAAAGAAAAUUAAAUGUAUGAAGCCUGAACCUACAGGCAAAAACGCAUCAACUAGUAUUUCUACACGUUUUGUAUGUACCUCCUUCAGAAUAAGAGAAAGUUCGUUUAGUGCAUAUUUUAAUGUUUCUAAACCGUUUUUGUAUAUAGUAAUUAGAAAACUUUUGUUUCAAUUUAUUUUUAUAUUACAAAUACAGGUGCAUUGUUUUUUUAGUGUGACAAGCUUGCACAUCUUCAUCUUCAAAAGUUAGAAUUUUCACUUCAGUGAUCAUGGUUUUGAGUGACUUUUACAUGCUGUUUAUUCUGAAAUGUCACCCUGAUGCUGGCUUUAGUGGUUAAAGUGACAAAAAUCAUUGUGAAAAAUAAUAGAAGACUGGCAACCAAAAGCAGGAAAAAAAAUCCAGAUGUUGGACUGACUGGGUAAAGUCCACCUUCCAACUUAUUUCAUUAAGUAAAUUGCACUUUUUUGGUCUUGUGGAGUGUUGCUGAAGUGUGCUAAGAUAUCAUGGCAUCUGUACCAGUCUACUGUCUCUGCCGACUUCCCUACGAUGUGACCAGGUUCAUGAUCGAGUGUGACGUUUGUCAAGAUUGGUUCCAUGGCAGCUGUGUAGGAGUAGAAGAAGAUAAAGCAACAGAUAUCGAUCUUUACCAUUGUCCAAACUGUCAAGUCACACAUGGACCAUCCAUCAUGAAAAAACGGCGAGGAAUUCAAAAACAAGAUCACUUAGGUGUGAUGAGAGAGAUUAGCCGGCCAGUUCAAACAGGCAGUCAACAGUUUAUCAAGGAACUUCGGAGCAGAACAUUCCCAAGUGCUGAUGAAAUUUUGCUAAAACCUUCUGGGGUUCAGUUGACAGUGGAGUACUUGGAGGAGAAUAGCUUUAGUGUCCCCAUACUGGUCAACAAAAAAGAAGGACUAGGAAUGAACCUACCACCCACCAGCUUCACAGUCAAUGAUGUGGAAUAUUACAUAGGUGCUGACAAGGAGAUUGAUGUUAUUGAUGUGAGCAGACAGGCAGACCUAAAAAUGAAACUUGGCAACUUUGUCCAUUAUUUCAACAGACCUAAUCGGGAUAAAGUGCUGAAUGUCAUCAGCUUAGAGUUCUCUGAUACUAGACUCUCAAAUCUUGUGGAAACUCCCAAAAUUGUUCGGAAACUUUCCUGGGUGGAAAACCUGUGGCCAGAAGAAUCUGUGUUUGAACGUCCCAAUGUACAAAAAUACUGCCUAAUGGGUGUCAAAGAUAGCUACACAGAUUUCCACAUUGACUUUGGAGGCACCUCAGUCUGGUACCACGUUCUACGGGGGGAAAAAAUUUUCUACCUUAUUCGCCCUACAAGUGCAAACCUAGCCUUAUUUGAGUGCUGGAGCUCCUCCUCAAAUCAGAAUGAAAUGUUCUUUGGUGAUCAAGUGGAUAAAUGCUACAAAUGUUCUGUAAAACAAGGACAGACUCUCUUUAUACCAACAGGAUGGAUUCAUGCAGUGCUUACUCCCGUUGACUGUUUAGCUUUUGGGGGAAAUUUUUUGCAUAGUCUCAACAUCGAAAUGCAACUAAGGGCAUAUGAGAUUGAAAAACGAUUGAGUACUGCAGAUUUGUUCAAGUUUCCUAACUUCGAAACGGUGUGUUGGUAUGUUGGCAAGCACCUGUUAGACACUUUCAGAGGCCUGCGAGAGAACAGGAGACAUCCUGCAGCAUAUCUAGUUCAUGGCGCUAAAGCUCUCAAUAAUGCAUUUCGUAGCUGGACACGCAAGGAAGCAUUGUCUGAACAUGAAGAUGAAAUCCCUGAAAAUAUUAAGACUCAACAGUUGGUGAAAGACUUGGCUAAAGAGAUACGUCUUGUGGAGGACAUCUUCCAACAAAAUAUGGGUAAAUCUGGGGCACCUUUUGGUGUACCGAGAGGUCCUCCUUUGACCCAAAAUGCUCCUGGAAAUGUGUUGGUUACUCCUGGUCGUCCACCUGGAAAAAAGAGAGGUCCAAAGCCGAAAGAAACAUCGCUAGCUGCAGCUUCCACUCCAGGCAAGAAAAGAGGUCGCAAAAAGAAAGAAUCAAUAGCCUUGGAUGCAUUGGCAGCUCCUACAACGACGGGUGUUACUGCUGAGCUAGAUGUACUUGAAAUCCAUACCAAGCACACCCUUAAGAAAUACCAGACACCUGAGCAGCAACAUAAGCAAAAGUUUGAUCUGUCUGCAUCAUGUCUGGGAGAACUUGAAGGCGAGAUUGAUGAGAGUAAGCUUCGCCUUGUCCUCACUAAUGGAAAAUCUACAAGCAAAAAAGGGGUGAAGUCAAACUCAGCAUCCAGGAGCUUACAGCCUCUAAUGGGACAGUUUGACAAUAUAAAGGGUCAACUCAGUGGAUUACAAAGCAGCUUUGACUAUGACUCUGAGGAAGACUUACAAAUUGAUGAGACUCCUCGGAGACAGAGAAAGGCAGCACUGAGCAAGAGAAAACUUGCAGGUUUGCCUAGAAAGCUCCCACGUGCCAAGCCUUGUUCAGAUCCGAACCGAAUACGUGAACCCGGAGAGGUGGAAUUUGACAUUGAGGAGGACUACACAACAGAUGAAGAUGCCCUAACAAUAGAAGAUGUUAAAUCAGGAGGAAGUGGAGGGAUCUUGGACCUUCUAAAAGCUAGCAAGCAAGUGGCUGGCCUGGACAGUGCUGCACUAAGUGAGGAAGCACCUGCCUCACCAAGUACAAGAGAAGCCAUUCAGGGAAUGCUAUCCAUGGCAAAUCUACAGUCUUCAUCUUCCUCUGGAGGUGGAGCCUCCUGGUGGGGCAGUGCAAUUGAUAAGGCAGCUGCUGGAGCCACUGCAGGAACUCCAUCCCAUACAUCAAAAGCCGGCAUAAUCCAGAGGCCGGGGAAGCGAACAAUCAGGCGACCAGCUCGUCAUGACAGCGAUGCAGGAGAUGAGAGCUUAGAUGAGCAAGAAACAUUAGGAGCCUGCUUCAAGGAUUCUGAAUACAUCUACCCCUCCUUGGAGUCUGAUGAGGAUGACCUUGCUCUAAAAUCGAAAGCGAAAAGGAAGAAGAACUUAGAUGAUGCACCUUGGAGCCCUAAAGCUCGUGUUACUCCAACACUCCCCAAACAGGACCGCCCAAUCCGAGAGGGAACAAGAGUUGCUUCCAUUGAAACAGGUCUGGCAGCAGCGGCAGCAAAGUUGGCACAACAGGAGCAGCAGAAGACCCCUAAGAGGAAAUAUGUCAAAAAGCGUACUGCUCUGAAAGAGACUGCUGCUCCAGUUCCAGCUGUGGUCCCUUACGCCCAGUGUGAUCUACUUGACAGUGGUAGUACAGAAGGACAGGACACUAAUAUGGAUAUGCUAUCAGAGUCUAGAAUGGAUCUGUAUACAGGCAGCCUGGUUGACCAUGAAUACACUGCAGGGCCUAGUGCUUUUGGUCUGGGGAGUCAAAGAGGGACCACUCCAAUGGCACCAGGGGUGUUUCUGAACCAGAGAAGGAUGUCCACAUCACCUCAAAAUAGUGGGGCAGCUCUUUCAACUUCAUCUACCCCAGGACAAGGCAAACGUCCAAAAAAGGGUUUGGCAACUGCAAAGCAACGACUGGGAAAAAUUCUGAAGAUUCACCGCAAUGGGAAGCUUCUGCUCUGAGAGCUUGUGAUGCUGCACUGCCAGCUCCUCAGUCCUGACCGAUGCUCCAGGCUUGGAGAUAGACUGAGCCUAUAUGGUUGACAUGAUGAGAUGCAGCAUCAGUACUCCCUAUGGCCGUCCUUGCGCAGUGUGAUACAUUUCUUUUCAUACACAGUGGAUUAAAACAGGCAAAUUGAUUGAAGCAUAUUUUCAUUUAUUUUUGCGGACUGGCUUUUUGUUGCGAUUUCUUUGUCUAUAAAAUAUGAAAGCAAGAAAAUAGACUUAUAGGAUGAUUUAAUUUAAAUGAUUGAAGAAACUGCCAGAUAUGUCUUGGUGUCUUUCAGGCUGUCUUCUUGAAGAUGACAGUUUUGUUAGGUGAUGAUAAUCUUUGUUUUUAGGAAGGUUAUAAAAAUGCUUAAAUGUAAAGCUUUCAAAGAGCUCACUUGCCUGCUUUUUGUGAGCCUCAUAAGACCUUGGAGAGGUCUUUUGAUUCAUAGCAUGUUGCUUUUACAGUUAAAAAUUAAAAAAAAAAUGACAGGCUUUUCAGGUCCAGCUUAAAAAAAUAAUUUGGUUGUGAACUGUUUAUUUGCUCUCAGCAGGAGCAGGUUUCCCUUUGUUUCUUUAUACUUCAAACAUCCACUGAUAGAGUGGGGAAUUUAAACAAAAUUUUCUAUUUUGCAGAAAUUUAAAUUUAAUUGAAUGGCAGUAAUGGCAGCCUUUCUCCUGAUCCUUUUUACUUAACCAUUUUGAGAGGUGGGUUACAGUGACUUGGCCUUAGUUUAUUCUGCUUCAGUGGCAGCAUAAAGCUGCCUUUGCCUUGGAGUUGCUUGCGUGGUCCAUUCCUGGUCCUUUAUUUAUAAAGGAGUCCCAUUGGCAAAACCAAAAACCAAACUGACCUUGAGAAUGAGCGAUACAGUGUGGUUCCACUCCAGCAUACCUUUGCUGUUGCCUGUGUCUCAUCUUCUAUCUUGUGUAAAAACAUUUGUUAACAGCUUGUACAGUUUCUUUUUUUAUAUAGUCUUCUGAAUAUAAUCUCAGGCAAUAAUGGACUGAGUCACUAACGUGGAGUGGGGAUGAAGGAAUAGGAGGGCAGGCACUGCAGCACAGCAGAUACCAUUCUUCCCAAAGUCUGCUUAUUUGUGACUCAACCACUCCUACCCCAGUCAGUAACUUUUACUCUAAAAAGCAAUAUUUUAACAAGAUAUUAUACAAGCUACUGCACACAACAUAGCAUGACUUACAAAAAAUUAACUUUCUACCAUUUGCAUUGUGCCAGUGCAAACAACAAUGUUUAACAAGGGGCACGUAAAAGUACCGAAGGACUAGCUGGUUAUGUGUUUGCUGGAAUUCAUCUCGGCUUUUCUACAUGCAGGUAGGCAUAGAAGUGAAACAAGCACUUAGGAUAGUGUGCUGUUUUGAACAUCUGGCAGAUAGCUGUUCAGGAUCCCAUGAGGCAUCACUUUAAUUUGUGGAAGGUAGUAUAUCCCAUCAGCAAUAGCAAAACGCUGAUUCACUGUACUUUAUAACACAGCAGACCAAUUCUGGAGAAUAUUGCGAAUUGCUCAGUGCACUUACUAGCAAGAGCCAUCAAGCUGCCUGCAUGCCCCAGCAGCAAUGCCGUGUUGAAUGCCUGCCUUCCUGUUACUACGUUUUUGUGGAAUGGCAUUUGAAGGGGGUGGGGUGGGGGGGGGGAUAUAGGCUAACAUUUUUUUUAAAUUUUGUGUUAAAUCUUCAUAGCUGAAAAAAUUGUGGAAGAUUUUUUUUAUUAGUUACCUAUUUUUUAAAAAAAACAAGAAAAUUGAAAAACAAUUGUUAAAAUAUUUUAGCUGAACUAUUUGUUACCAUUGUUGUAUUUUUUAUGCUGAGAUGUUUAUUUUGCAGCCUUGCCCAGUAUGCUCCAUGCUUGGGGUGUGUGUUUGUGUGUUUUUGUUUCAGUUUGGUUUUGUUUUGUUUUUUUUGUUUUUUUGUUUUGUUUGUUUUUUUUUUUGUCCUUCAUAAAUUAUUAAUGAAAGGAGAAAAAGACCCCAUUUUGUGAUUCUUGUUGGGUCAAAGCCCCUGGUGUUUUGCCAGGAAUGUCAUUACAAAUAGCUCUGCUUCCAAAUUGGUGGAAAUGGAAUUUGAAUUUCAGAUAAAGGGGUACGGCUCCUCAUUUUUGAGGCUGCAAUCCAGUAUCCAUGUUCUUUGUUGUACAUGUUCAGUCUGGCUGUCCCUUUUUGUACUAGUGAUUUCAGACACUUUUGUUCACUUUAGAAAUGAUUGUGUUAAAUGAGUUUAUAUUUCACUCUGUUAAAACAAUGUAGCCAUUUAAUAAACACAACUAUCUAAUAGAAA